AUGAAAGAUUUCAAUAAGAGUUACACGAAUUAUGAGUUUUUAAGACGAUUGCACAACUUUGAGGAGUCUUUAAAAGAGAUUGCGCAACUGAAUGAGCUCCAUGGGUCCACGGUGUUCGGUUUGACGAAGUAUUCUGAUUGGUCUGCUGAUGAGUUUGGUGCAGUCAUGCUCUCUGGAUACAGUGUGGGCAAUUGUCAAGAACAAACCAAGACAUGUACACACAAAAGAUACCAACAUAAGAACUAUGGUUCAACCAAGAUAUAUGAGAAUAUCACAGCUAGUACUAAGAAGAAGAAUGGUUUUUAUGAUAUACCUGAAAAAUUUGAUUGGCGUGAGAGAGGCGUGGUGUUUCCAGUGCUAGAUCAGAAAUUCUGCGCUGGAUGUUGGGCGUUCAGCAUAGUAGGUGUGAUGGAAAGCAUGUCCGCCAUCAGAGGAAGAGGGAAAGCCAGACUCAGUAUACAAGAGUUAUUAGACUGUUCUAAGUACAAUAACGGGUGCAAGAAGGGUAAUAUUCAGUCUGCUCUAGAUUUCUUGUGUCACGGGAACACUGGAGAACAAUACCCAAUUAUUACUGAAGAAGAAUAUCCGUUGAAACUGAUUGAUGAGACUUGUUAUGAUCUUACUGCUGAAGUUCCAUAUUAUAUAAUCAGAAAUUCAUGGGGCAAGGACUUUGGUGAUAACGGCUACUUGAAGCUGGCUGUAGAAGGGAACGUCUGCGGUAUUACCGACAAUAUAGCAUACUUUAAUGUAGCUUAA